AUGGGUGGCCCCGCCGCUGCGCUGCUGCUCCACGUGCUGCUCGCCCUCCUGCCCGCAGGCCUCGCCGCCAUCAAGUGCUCCGGGCACGUGUGGGUCGAGCCGGCGCCCGUGGUGCCCGUGGGCUGCAACGUGUCCAUCAACUGCCUGUCACGGGUGCGCUGCCCGCGGGCCGCCCUCUCCAUCCUGCUCAACUACACGCCGGCCGCGGGCGAGCUGCGCGCCCUCAACAGCAGCACCUUCCAGCUGCGCCUGCCGCCCCUGCGCCAGCCCAGCUGGGUGGUCACCUGCGUGGCCCGCUGCCCUAACAGCCCGCGGCGGCAGCUCGUGUGCGGCACGCAAGUCUUUGCCGGCUACCCGCCAGAGAGCCCGGGCAACCUGAGCUGCGUCGUGCAGGAGCUGUCGGAGCGGCUGGAGUGCGCGUGGGACGCGGGCAGGGACACGCAGCUGCCCACCCGCUACGCGCUGCACCUGCGGAGCGCGCGGACGCAGCAGGAGGAGGUGUUCGCGGCGGCGCCGRCGCUCGCCGUGCCGCUGGGCGCGCUGCGCGGCGGCAGCCUCUACACCGCCUGGAUGGAGGCCAGCAACGCGCUGGGCUCGGCGCGCUCAGCCCCGCGCCSCCUCGACCUGUGGCACAUAGCCGUCCCCGCGCCGCCCGUCGUGGCCGCCGUGGAGAGCUCGGAGGCGGCGCGCACGCUGCUGCGCUGGGAGCGGCGCACGCGGCACGACGGCGUGCGCUGCGAGGAGCGCUUCGGGCCGCCCAACGCCACCGCGUGGCAGGUGCGCGCAUGGGACGGCAGCGCGGCGCUGCGCGUGCGCUACGCGCUGGACAGCGGCGCCCGCUACGCCUUCCAGGCGAGGUGCCGCCUGAGCCGCCCCGGCAGCCCCUGGAGCGCCUGGAGCAGCCCCUUCCUCUACAGCACCCCGGAGGAGGCCCCUGCGGCAGCACCCGACGUGUGGCGACGCCUGGGCCCCCUCUACCCCAACGGCAGCCGCGAGGUGACCGUCCUCAUCGAGCCGCUGCCGCCGCGCGUGGCCCGCGGCACCAUCCUGGGCUACGUGGUGUGGGCGCAGGGCCAGGGCGCCGCGCGGCCCCUCUGCAACAGCUCCGUGCCCGGCUGCCGCCUGCUGCUGCCGCCGGCCGUGCGCGCGCUCGCCGUCACCGCCUACAACGCGCGCGGCGCCUCCAGCCCCGCCAGCCUUGCUGUGGCCGCCAGCCUCCACCACGAUGCAGAGCGCCRGGGCCCGGUGCUCGUGCGGCGCGAGGGCCCGCGGCGCGUGGCCGUGUCGUGGCAGCGCCCGCCGCCCGGGGCCGCCUCCCCGCUCUGGUUCGUCCUCGAGUGCCUCUCGGCAGCCGCGCACGGCGCCCAGCAGCGCUUCUUCUGGAAGAAAGUGCCCAAGCAGGACACGCGCGCCUACCUGCAGGUUACAGACGUUUUUUCCCCUCUCUCYGCUGAAGUCCUCCCAGAGGAGCCGUUCCUGAACAGAAGCUACAGUCUCAUUUCCUAUGAUGAUGAUGUUGGAGCUUUUCUGGGGCUGGGUGUCAGUGUGAUCGUGUUAUCAGUUGUUUUUGUAAUUCUCAUGUUUAAGAAGUCAGCAAGAAAAAGAGUUACCAGAAUCAUUGUGUCGCUGAUGCCCAAGUGGCUGCUGGAAGAUUUUCCCCACGUGGAAAACAGCAAUGCGAUAAAGUCGCUCCAGGAAAAAGGUGGAUUUGCACAUAGCAGCCUCGAUGAGCCGCCCCCGGAUAGCAGCGACCCAGCGAUUACGGAAAUAGAGGAGCUGUCGGCGGGUGAGGAACACGAGUGCSGGGACGCCGGGAGGCACCGCAGCGAAGCGGCCCCGGAGGGGACACCGCGUAUGCGGAGCCCUGCGCCGGCCACCAGCGUGGCCAGCGAGCCCGUCAGCGACUACCGGCCUCAGCUCUCCGACGGGAACCUGCUGGGAUACGUGGCUGCCAACAGCUACCCAGGGCAGCCCCCCGCGCCGCCGCCCCAGCCRGAGACCAACGUUUUCUUCAGGGGUUACCCGAGCCCCGUGCCUUAUUUGUGGAAUGCCCAAGGGACGGACGAGCAGGCUUUCCUGCUGGAGAAGAUUAAUCUCAUUCUAAACAGCAAUAGGAGUGGGCAAAACCACGCGUUCGGUUCGGCGCGGGAGGAGCGAAGUGCCCUUUUGGAAAGCCAGUGGGAAAAAACGCUGUCUAGUGAAGAUGCUCAGGAACAGACCCUGGUCCCGGAUGAGCUGGUCUCUUGCUUGAGGGCAAUGAAUGGAGAAUGUGCGGAUAUACAGAUCUGCUUUCCACAAAGCACUGGAGGGUUAUUUUUAGAAAACGUAAAAUUGUGAUUUAGUUGUGAUGKCAUUUUAUGACCGUGGCACGUACCAGCCUUUGAGAUCUCCAGCAUCAGAACUGGAACCAACCUCAGAAUCGGAAGUUGACUCCAAACUUGCUCCAACUAAUUUUGGAUGACUGGCCAGGAAAUCAUUUGUAAUUUUAAACUUGGUUUGUAUUUUCACAGUGCAAGAAGGUCAGUUUGGAUUCCUGUAAGAACUGAAAUACACAGCAAGUGAUUCCUAGAACAUAUAUUAUGCACCAAUCCAAAUAAUUCUCUUGUUAAGAAUUUGCAACAUUUCAUACUUGGGGCUGAUUCCAUUUAGAGAUGGAUAAAAUGAUUCCUUAGAUAUUUUGACUGAGGUGUGUGUGAAAUAUCUUGGGAUCCCUUAACUGAAGAUGACUUAGACAUCGUACAGCAGAUGUGGAUGCCAAGAACAUGGAAGGAAAUCUUUUUUGUAGGACAGAGUAACCUUCACCAUCUUGGCCUACCUUGUUGACUCAAGUUAUCUGUCUGAAUUUGUCACAGGACAGAUUCUUCACUUGGGGUUGAAGAUCUCUCAUCUUCUCACACCCACGUGUGUCCGGCUGUCAGUGUUUCGGCUCGGCCAGUCUGCAUGAGGGGGAUGUGGUGCAAAGUGUUCAUUCCACUGGGAAUCCAGAUAAGGAGACAGGGAGUCUCCUUCCUGCUGAGUGUCCUGGGAAUCCUGCCCUUUAAGGGCCUGUCCAGGUGGUCCACCGUUUCAGGUGGUCUCAUCUAAUGCUCCUGAAGCAACCAGAAACUCAGUGCAAACCUGAAAAGUUGGAUUAUGUCUCUAGUACUUACUUCACUUAAAGAAAAAAAGCAACUUUUUUUUUUU